CUGAUUAUUGACUGCUAAUGACCAUGAUUUCAAGUGUACUCUUGCUAGGGUCCGUUGGCCUAGGUUCAAGGAUCCGACGCUUCUGUUCCUUCGAGAAUGACUAUUUCAAGAGCCGCAGACGGCAUCCAUAAUCGUUCGUGAACGUCUUCCGUUGUCAGCAUCUUUUGCAAGUCUCGUUUCUGUGUGUUAAGCUGCCACGCUCUGUAUGCCAAUCACCUUAUGUCCCAAACCUAUUUCGAGCCGAAAGCGGGUAGAAGAUGAUAUUGGGGAUAUCUAGUAUUUGCUAUGAGUGGUGGCCGGUGAUUCUCGUCACUUGCAUAGCCGCACGACUGCUUCACAACAAGUAUGGCAGAGGCUUGCACCGGUAUCCCGGGCCAUGGCUAGCAGCAUACAUGACGAUCUGGAGAUUUUUGGAAAACUAUGGGCGACGGACAGAAUGGACUCACAUCAACUUACAUCGUCGAUAUGGGGAUGUUGUCCGGCUUGAUCCAAAUGCGCUAUCCUUCGCUGAUCCCAAAGCCAUUAAAGUUAUCUAUGGUCUGAAUAAGGGAAUGGUAAAGUCCCAUUUCUACCCAGUCCAACAAGCUACGGCAAAAGGGACCCGCAUUCAGUCACUCUUCUCGACGUUAGAUGAAGAUUUCCAUGCAAAAUAUCGAAGGUGUCUUAAUAGCGCAUUUGCUAUGUCAUCCUUAGUAUCAUACGAGCCGUUAGUUAACUCGACCCUCGAUGUAUUCUUGGAGAAGACCGAGGAAUUGUACGCUCGAACGGGCACUGUAUGCGAUUUUCCCAAGUGGCUUCAGUAUUUUGCAUUCGAUGUCAUCGGUGACUUGACAUGGAGCAAGAGGCUCGGGUUCAUGGAAAGAAACGAAGACGUGGAUGGCAUCAUUUCUUUCAUUAAUGGAUUCUUCGACUAUGCUGGACCGAUAGGGCAAAUGCCUUUUCUAGACCUUGUGUUUCAGAAGAACCCCCUGAUCCUUCUUGCACAACGGUACGGCGUCUCGAAAAAGGUCUUCGCCGUUACCAAGUUCGCGCAAUCCCAAUCGAUCCAUCGCGCCCCUGAAAUGGAGAAAAUCAAGGCCAAUGGCCUCGCACCCGGCACGCCGAAAGACGGAAUAGAUCUGUUGACGAAGUUCACUCAAGCCCAGCACGAUCAUCCGGAGAUCAUGUCCGAUACCACCGUGCUCGCGUCGUCCGUGAGCAUGGUGUUCGCCGGCAGCGAGACGACGGCGAUCGCGCUGAGCGCCAUCUUCUAUCAUCUCAUGAAAUAUCCAUCCGCAUAUCAGAAAUUAAUGGCGGAGUUGGACGGGGCCGUACGAACCGGCCUCAUCGAAGACAGGGGGAAUGGAACGGUGAGCUGGGCCGAGGCGCAGAAGCUGCCAUACCUAGACGCGGUCAUUCAAGAAAGUUUCCGACUCCAUCCAGCCGCGGGUCUGACGUUAGAACGGGUCGUUCCGGCGCACGGCAUGGACAUUCUCGGCGAGCAUAUCCCCGGUGGGACGAUCGUGGGCUGCAAUGCCUGGGUGCUCCACCGUAGACCCGAGAUAUUCGGGAAGGAUGUUGACAACUUCCGCCCGGAAAGGUGGUUGGAGGCAUCACCCAAGCAACUGAGCGAAAUGAAGGCGACGAUGUUCCAGUUUGGAGCCGGUGCGAGGACGUGUAUCGGAAAGAAUAUCAGUCUGCUGGAGAUUUAUAAGCUGGUACCCAGCUUUUUGAGGAGGUUUGAGAUGGAAUUGCAAUCCCCUGAACAAACUUGGAAGACCCAUAACGCAUGGUUCGUAAGGCAAAUGAAUUUCAUGACGAGGUUUAAGACUCGACAGGUAAAGAGGGAUGAUGCAUUCACGCAGUCUCACGUUAGGUAGCACU